AUGAAAAAAUCAGUGACAUAGUUUGACGUGUUAAUAUUUUAGUUGUAAUUAGAAAUUAUGUUUUUAAUUUUUACUUAUGUUAUUAAAUAAAAUUUUACUUUGUUUAUUUUUUAAGGUUAUUAUUGAUUUUAGUUGAAUAAAAUAUUAUAUAUUUUAUAAUUAUUUAAGAAAUGUUAUUAAUUGAACCAUGCCGAGUUAGCAACGUCAGUAGAAUUUUUAAAAAUUCAAAAAAUUUGAAUUUUUAUAACUUGACAUCAAUUGCUUGUAAAUCAGACAGUGUCAACGUUACUAUAAAUGACGUUUCGAAGAAAAUAAAACCUGCAAAACAUCCAGAAUAUAUUCCUCAAAAGUACCUGAUAAAAAAUCCAAGCCAAGAAAUAUUAAAAAAUUUACGAUGGAUGUUGCAAAAGGAUAUUUUAGGACAAGAUAUUUUUUUAAUGGGUGGACCAGGUCCUCGACGAAGAAAUUUAGCUCUAUCAUAUCUCGAGCUCACAGAGCGCGAAGUCGAAUUUAUAGCUCUAUCUCGAGAUACAACUGAGACUGAUUUGAAGCAACGAAGAGAAAUAUCUAAUGGUACAGCUAUUUAUCAUGAUCAAAGUGCUGUUCGCGCAGCAAAACAUGGAAGAAUUCUUAUUCUCGAAGGUGUUGAAAAAGCCGAGCGCAAUGUUUUACCAAUUUUGAAUAAUUUAUUAGAGAAUCGAGAAAUGCAUCUCGAAGACGGCCGGUUUCUUAUCUCACCAACUCGAUAUGAUAAAUUAUUGCAGGAUCAUAGUCAAGAAGAACUCGAUGCCUGGAAACUUGUACGUGUUAGUGAAGAAUUUCGUGUGAUAGCUCUUGGUUUACCAUCAUCACGUUAUCACGGUCAUCCUCUUGAUCCUCCUCUCAGAUCAAGGUUCCAAGCUAGACAUAUCUCUCCUCCAUCUUUUAAAGAACAAUUAGAUACUUUGAAAAAUUUAGCACCGCAUUAUGAUACGGGAAAAUUAUCGCAACUUUUGUCUUGCUGUCAUACUUUCGUUACUAAAGAAGCUGUAACUUUAGGUCUUCCGGAUUUUCCACUAGAUAAUUUGUCAACUAUUGCUUCAAUUUUGGAUAGAUGCCCAACUUUGUCAGUAUUUGACAUAUUCUACAGAUUUUAUCCCUAUAAUUUAUUUUUGGGAAAAGAGGGUAGAGAUGCUGUUGAAAAUAUUCUCAAUACUUUUGGCGUUUUAGAUAAAAAUUAUAAUUCAAAUAACAUAUCCAAUGAUAAAAUAUUAAAAAUUGAAAAGAAUAAUGAGUCAUGUCUCGUUACACUGGACAAAAAUAAUUGCCAAGUAACUUUAAACGUCCCCAGUGGCCAUGGAAAUGAAAAAAAUUCAGAUUCAUUUUAUAUACCGACGUCUUAUCAAAAUAAUUUAUUGACAGAUAUGAUGUUGUCUCAUACGUCAUCGGAUUAUUGUAUAAUUGGUCCAAAAGGUUGUGGAAAAUCGGUGAUUGUAAGGAAACUUUCCAAUGAUUUAGGAUAUGAUAUCGAACCAAUUGUUCUUUAUCAAGACAUGACGUCGAGAGAUUUGAUACAGCAACGGUCUACGAAAUCGAAUGGUGAUACAAUUUGGAAAAAUUCUCCACUUAUUGUUGCAGCACUAGACGGUAAAUUAGCCGUUCUAGAUGGAAUUCAUCGCGUACAUCCUAGUACACUAGCCGUAUUACACAGACUUGUUUGCGACCGAGAAAUUCAAUUGCACGAUGGAAAAAGAUUAAUUGGAGCUGAUCGUUACGAUGAAAUAAAAUCUAAGUACAAAAAAACCGAUGAACAAUUGAAAGAUUCUGAAAUUUUUCGAAUUCAUCCUUCAUUUAGAAUUAUAGCCAUGGCUGAGCCUCCAGUGGUCAAUAGUCCAUCAGGCCAAUGGCUUAAUUCUGAACUUUUGAGUUUAUUUCAUUUUCAUGAGGUCAGACCUCUACAAAAAUCUGAAGAAAUUCAUAUUAUAAAAUCAAAGUACGGAGAUCCAAGUCCAUCUUUACUAAAAAUAAUUGAACUAGCCCACACUUUAAGAUCCUCGAAAGAUUCCACUUUACAAUCGAUAGCAGGAUCUUUGAGUACAAGACAAUUGCUAAGAAUAGCAGCCCGAAUGUCUAAGUAUCCAACUGAUGAUGUCUAUGACGCGAUUCAGAAAGCGUGUCUUGCACGAUUUUUGCCAUCGGUACCAAAGCAAGCCCUCAUCGACUGUAUGAAACAACUUGGUAUUAACCCAGUUGAAAAACUUUAUGCAAAACCAAUUAAAUGUGUCGUCGAUGAUGAAAAAGUUACCAUUGGACAGACAACAGUGGAUCGUUACAAAACAAAUGCUUUGACAAAAGUACCGAAUAUAUUAUUUUACGACGUACAGCAGCAUCUAGUACUCUUAGAAAGUUUAUUACAAGAUUUCUUACUUGGGGAAAAUAUUUUACUCGUCGGAAAUCAGGGAGUUGGCAAAAAUAAAAUUGUCGAUAGAUUACUUCAGUUACUAAAUCGACCACGUGAAUAUAUUCAACUACAUCGUGAUACGACAGUACAAACAUUAACACUGCAAACAAUUAUCAGAGACGGGGUUGUUGUUUAUGAAGAUUCUCCUUUAGUACAAGCUGUCAAAUUGGGCCACGUUUUGUUAAUUGAUGAAGCUGACAAAGCUCCCACUCAUGUUACUUGUAUUCUGAAGACUCUUGCAGAAAAUGGGGAAAUGAUUUUAUCAGAUGGAAGACGAAUUUCCGCAUUUAAAAGUAAUGAUCCCAAUACAAUAGUCAUUCAUUCGGAUUUCCGAAUGAUAGUACUGGCCAAUCGACCUGGUUUUCCGUUUUUGGGAAACGAUUUUUUCGGUGUACUAGGUGACUUAUUCGCAACGCAUUCCAUUGAUAAUCCCAGUUUAGAAGAUGAGAUUUCAUUACUAAAACAGUAUGGGCCUGAUGUUGAUGAUAAAAUUAUUCAAAAACUUGUUAGAGCUUUUGGAGAGCUAAGGAAUAUGUCGGACCAGGGUUUGAUGACGUAUCCUUAUUCGACGAGAGAAGUUGUUAACAUUGUAAAACAUUUACAAAAAUUUCCAAACGAGUCUUUGUCGAGUGUCGUACGAAAUGUCUUCGACUUUGAUCGUUACUCAACCGAAACAUUUGAUACGUUAGUGAAUAUUUUACACAAGCAUGGAAUUCCCAUCGGUACUAAUGCAAAUAAUAUUGCGUUGGCAAAAGAAUUCCCUUUACCUGACGUUAAAUUUGGAGGCAAUUGGACAAUUUCACAACAAAAAAUAUCUAUACCCGUUCAAGAACGUUUUGUAAAAUUAAGCUCACCAUUUUAUCCUGAACGUAAAACAGAUUAUUUAGAUCGUGUUGAGACCAGAUCUGCAUGGUUUACUGAAAUGCAAAGUUACUGGACUAUUCCACGUGAAGAAUCGGAAUACGUUACUGGCUUAGCAGUGACAAAGGGUUUAAAAAACGAUGGGACUGAUGAUAAAAUCCAUGUGUUAACUAUGAAUCCCAUGUGUGUAUCAACGAUGACACCAAUUUCUAAACAAGUUGAUCAAAUUUUAUUGAGUAAUUUUAUAAAUUUAAAUAAAAUUUAUCAACCGCGGUUUAAUAUUGCGUCUGAUAACUCUAGAAAUCUAUGGAUUCAUGAAGAAUCUUCAAAUACUUUAGUAACGAUUGACAUUGACGAUGGAAGCGCGAGAAUGGUCCAACUGUCAUCAUUUUUAAAAGGAGCCACCAAUCGGUUUUCCGAAGCACUCAGAAAUAAAGCAGUUAUAUGGAAAUUAAAAACCGAACUGAUGUCAUCACAUAACCAAGCUAUUCUUUACACCCCCAAUGGCAAUAAAAUAGAAGUAUUAAAUUUGAAAAAUCUAACUUUAAAUUCAAUGUCACUUCCUUGGAACAUAACAUCAAUUGCAGCUGUCUCUCCACACAAAUGGUUAAUUCAGAAUACGUCAAAAAAUAUUUUUGUUCUUGAAAAGUCCAUUGAUACGGUGCCGUGUCCAAAUAUUUUGCGGUCAGUAGACAAGGACAGUAAAUCAAUAAAUAUCGGACACAUAACAAAUGGUGGGCAAAGUGGAUUUGACAAAAUUAAUUUGAGCAAAGCAUUGAAUCAGGAUAUUGAAUCACCAAAUAGGCUUUUAAUUACUGAUUUAACUUAUGCAAAUAUUGUCAUCGGAUUACCUGACCUUGAUAGCACUAAUGAAAUUUACGUUUGGCCUCGAAAUAAAAGAGUCAAGGCCAGUAGUUAUCCAGUUGUUAAUGAUAAUGGACAAAUUAUAAGAGUCUUAUCAUCUGAAGAAAUUCCUAAUGAAGCUGCAAUUGACAGCCACAAUAAUCAAAGCAAUGUUUUUAAUUACUUAGAAAUUGUUGAUGUUGUCGAUAAUAAAAUUCGCUAUCUUCCGAUCCCAAUGACAAGUAGGAUACCACCAUCAAUUGAUUGGAUGUAUCCAGAAGGAAUUCCAGUUUACAUCGCGACUACUUCGAACGAAAAUCUUGUCUCGGUUGACUGUACCGGCCGAAUAAGUCUGUGGGAAACUUGUUCAGCGCAUAUUGAAAAGUCAUUACUCGAAUGGCGGCAAAUGGUUGGAUCAGAUGGGGAACAUCUUCAGCUCACUAAAGAUAGAUAUUCAGGACUUGAUGCGACCGCUCCAAAACACGGAAAAGUUGAUCCUAAUAAUGACCCACAUGUUGGUGGUAACACAUGGGCUGGCGGUACUGGAGGAAGAGAUACAGCCGGCUUAGGUGGUAAAGGUGGCCCAUAUCGAUUGGAUGCUGGACAUACUGUCCAUCAAUUGAGUGAUGAAGAAAAAAACUCAGUACCAGAUCACGUGAAAAAAGCCGCGAGAGAAAUGGGUAUACGUGCAUUCAAACAACGCUUGCAGGAUAUACGUAUGAGCGAAUACGAUCACAAGUUAUAUUCAAAAUUCAGUAACGCAGUUGCGAAUCAAGUGAAGACUUUGAGAGUAAUAUUGGGGAGCGUUCAAUCUAAAAGCAAAGAGCGCCAAUGGCUGAAACAUCAAACGUCCGGUGAAUUGGACGAUACGAAAUUGAUUGAAGGCUUGACUGGUGAAAAAACAAUUUACCGUCGUAGAGCUGAUAAAGAACCGGAAAUAGGAACACCACUGCUAAAACCAAAAAGAUUUAGACUUGUUGCCGAUGUUUCUGGAAGUAUGUACAGAUUUAAUGGGUAUGAUGGUCGAUUAGAUCGUGAGUUAGAGGCUUGUGUGAUGGUAAUGGAGGCUUUCUGCGGUUAUGAAGACAAAUUUAAGUACGACAUUGUCGGACACUCUGGUGAUACGCACAAUAUUUUAUUUGUUGAUCAUCAUCAGCCGCCAGCAGACAAUAAACAGCGGCUUGAAGUUAUUAAGAUGAUGCACGCCCAUUCGCAAUACUGUAUGUCAGGUGAUCAUACACUUGAAGCAACUCAGCACGCGAUUGCUAAUUUGAGUAAAGAGGAUUCUGACGAAUCUAUUGUUGUUGUUUUUUCUGAUGCGAAUUUAGAGCGAUAUGGAAUUCCACCUCAACGACUAGGUCAAUUAUUGACUUCUUGCCCCGAAGUAAACGCGUAUGUUAUUUUUAUUGGAUCUCUCGGCGAUCAAGCCACAAGAGUAAUUCAAAAAAUGCCAUCAGGGCGGGCAUUUAUUUGUAUGGAUCUACAAAACAUACCUAGAAUAUUACAGCAAAUAUUUACUGCAUCAAUGUUAAAUACCCGAAAUUAA